AUGCCAUUUGGGUUGAUCAACGCCGGGGCAACUUAUCAGCGACUGGUGAACAUGAUGUUCAAAGAUCAGAUCGGUAAGACUAUGGAGGUUUAUGUGGAUGAUAUGUUGGUCAAAUCCAAGGAGGCGCAAGAUCACAUUCAGCACUUGGCUGAAAUGUUUGACAUACUCAGGAAGUAUCGAAUGAAGCUGAAUCCCCAGAAGUGUGUAUUUGGAGUUAAAUCUGGUAAAUUCUUGGGGUUCAUGGUAAACCAUCGAGGGAUCGAAGCUAACCCUGCAAAGAUCAAGGCACUACUCGAUAUGAAGUCUCCUCAGAAUGUUAGGCAGGUUCAGAGCCUUACAGGAAGGAUAGCAGCAUUAAAUAGAUUCGUGUCCAAAUCCUCGGAUAGAUGCAAGGAGUUCUUUAAAGCCAUCAAGGAUGCAGGGAAGACGUUCGUAUGGACGGACAAAUGUGAGGAGGCCUUCCAAAGGAUAAAGGAACAGUUAGGAAAGCCACGUCUCUUGGCCAAGCCAGUAGAAGGAGAAACAUUAAUCUUGUACUUGGCCGUUUCAAGACAUUCCAUUAGUGUUGUCCUUGUGAAGGAAGAAAAGGAUGUUCAAUUCCCAGUAUAUUAUGUUAGCAAAAGGCUACAAGAUGCUGAAACAAGAUACACUAGCAUGGAAAAGUUGGUAUACUCUUUGGUCUUAGCAGCAAGGAAACUUCGUCCAUACUUUCAGGCACAUAAGAUUGAGGUAAGAACUUCUUACCCUCUCCGUCAGAUUAUGCAUAAGCCAGAAGCAACGGGAAGAUUGAUGAAGUGGGCGGUAGAGCUAGGACAGUUUGAUUUGGAGUAUAAGCCUAGGGCUACUAUCAAGGGUCAAGCUCUGGCUGAUUUCUUGCUAGAAUUUGAAGAUGAUACUCAAGAAUGGGCAAUAGUGCCGUAUAGUCCCAACGUUGAGCCCAUCAACGGUCUUUUGGUGGAAGAUGACACAUGGUGGAACUUUCAUGUCGAUGGAGCUGUCAAUUCUGACGGAGCUGGAGUUGGGAUAGUUUUGGUUAGUCCCGGGGGGUGUAGGUUGUUAAGUGUCAUCCACCUAGGGUUCCCCGCAACCAAUAAUGAUGCAGAAUAUGAAGCUUUGAUCAAUGGUCUAUCCCUAUCCAUGGAAAUGAAGGCUAGAAACCUUAUUGUGUACAGUGACUCGAUGUUGGUGGUCCACCAAGUAAAUGGGGGGUUCUUAGCUCGAGGUUGGAGGACGAACUUAUACAUGACCCACACGCAAGAGUUGAUGAAGAAGUUCAAGGAGGUACAUUCGGAAAAGGUUCCUCGUGAGAAAAAUGAAGGUGCUGAUGCAUUGGCCAAGGCCAGUUCUAGAAGGGACACCAAGUUCUUAGGAACUAUCCAAUUCUGUGUUCAGGAGAAGCCAUGUGUGUCAGAAGCACAGAAGGUUACCCGAUUCAGAGAAGAUCUGAUGGAAGUAGAGGAUGAAGUUGUGGAUACUUGGAUGACCCCUAUACUUAAGUUCAUCCAGGAGGAUCUCAUUGGAGAGCUUCCAAAGGCCAAAGGAGGAGUCAGGUAUGCAGUAGUAGCAGUUGAUUACUUUACAAAAUGGGCCGAGGCCGCACCUCUAGCAACCAUUACUGCUAAGAAGAUAACAAGCUUUGUAUUCAAUUCAAUCGUGUGCAGAUUUGGUAUCCCGUACAAAUUGAUAUCUGACAAUGGGAAGCAGUUUGACAGCAAAGAGUUGAAGAAGUUGUGUGAUGACCUGAAUUUAAGGAGAAACUUUGCAGCCGUGUACCAUCCACAAAGCAAUGGACAGACUGAAGCAGUCAACAAAAUCAUCAAACACACGCUGAAGGCCAAGUUGGAAGAAAAGAAAGGAGAUUGGCCGGAGGAGCUUCCAAUGGUACUAUGGUCAUACAACACUACGCCAAGGACAACUACUAAGGAGUCGCCAUUCAUGUUGACCUAUGGCUGUGAGGCAAUGGUUCCAGUAUAG